AUGGCCCAGCACCCUCUUUCGAGUUCCAGAGCACCCCAUCUCACCCCAUCUCACCUCACUCGUUGCACGCAGGCCACGCUUGAAAUCGAAUUUUUUCAUCAAACCCUUAUGCGAUUUUGCACACCUGCAGCCCUCAAAACGUUGACCGAGAUCUAUGAAACCAUAUCUCGGGCGUACCACCGCAAGCCGGGCCAAACCGAGGAUCUCCAGCAAGAAUUGGAUGGAGUUAAGAAGACCUUAAACGAUACCAGGCGCGCAACCCAAAUUGAGUUCUUGUGUUUCAAGGUUCCGAAGAAAGACAAAGGCGAAUCUCGCAAAGAGCGAGAAGGUACUGGGGAUCGAACCGAAAAGGACAGGGAGCGUGGGGGUAGCUCUAGACCACCUGGUGAGAGAAGAAGGGCAGCCCCCUGA